CUCACAAUCUCUGUUCUUUAUCAGAUCAUCUCAAGCAGCAUCGCAAGUGCCAAAUACUGCAAGAUGGUUCAAGUAUUCGCAGUCCCAGUCUUCUUCAUCUGCUUCAGGGAGUGCUUAGAAUGCACCAUCAUCGUGUCCAUUUUGCUAGCAUUCCUCAAGCAGAGCAUUGGAGGUGCAGGAAGUGACCGAGCCGUAUACAAGAAAUUGACGCGACAAAUAUGGUUCGGGAUAGGUUCUGGUCUGCUCAUCGUACUGAUCAUCGGAGGCGCCUUCAUUGGCACCUUUUAUGGCCUGGGCAGUGACCUUUUGGGCAAGACUGAAGACAUCUGGGAGGGUGUCUUUGGCCUCAUUGCGUCGCUCAUCAUCUCCAUCAUGGGAAUCGGUCUGCUGCGCGUGUCCAAGCUCCAGAGCAAGUGGAGAGUCAAGAUUGCGCAGGCUCUCGAGAAAAAGCACAGCAAUGAGGGAGUCGGCAUGCGAACGCGUUUCAAGACUUGGUGCGAGAAGUACGCCAUGUUCCUGCUGCCAUUCGUCACCGUCUUACGUGAGGGUCUCGAGGCUGUGGUCUUUAUCGGCGGUGUAGGCCUCGGCCUUCCAGCAACAUCGUUCCCUCUCGCGGUGAUCUGUGGUCUUGCCGUCGGCUGCACAAUCGGGUACCUGAUCUACAAGGUUGGCAAUACCACCAAGCUGCAAGUGUUCCUGAUCAUUUCGACCUGCUUCCUGUACCUUGUGGCUGCGGGUCUCUUCUCAAAGGCCGUAUGGUACUUUGAGAAUCAUGCUUGGUCCCAGUUGACUGGCGGCGAUGCCUCUGAGACUGGCUCUGGGCCAGGCUCAUACGACAUUCGCCAGUCCGUUUGGCAUGUAAACUGCUGCAAUCCGGAGCUGAAUGGCGGUGGCGGUUGGGGCAUCUUCAAUGCCAUCCUUGGCUGGACGAACUCGGCAACCUAUGGCUCGGUCAUCUCGUACAAUCUGUACUGGCUCGCCGUCAUUGUUUCGUUCCUGACACUCGGAUUUUACGAGAAGCGUGGACAUUGGCCCUUUAUGAAAGCCACAGAGCGCGGCAACAGCAGCAAUGGUUUUGAAAGUGACCAGACAAGCGAAGACAGAGGUUUUGGAGACAAGGAGACUGCAACUGUGAUGACCAAGUCUCAAGGCGAUGAGCAUUCAGCGUGAUAGAAUUCCCCUCAGGUAGUAACCAAUUGCACGCACCAAUGCCGUGGAUGAGUAGAUAAAGGGAGGAAGAGAGCGCAGUGGACACGACCUUAAAUAAGAAUGGAAUGAGUGAGCACUCACGAGUGUCGGACCGUGAGUAUAUGAGCAAGUAUGCGUGGAUAUGUGGUUUGCAAGGAGAGAGCUUAAAACACGUCGG